AGAGAGAGAGAGAGAGAGAGAGAGAGAGAGAGAGAGAGAUACGCUCGUGGCAGCAGUUAGUUGUGCCAAGAAGGGGUUGUAAUCUGAAGCAAACUUGAGUGCUACGAAUUCUACUAUACGCUUUGGAUACACGCUGAGAGGUAUUGACGACUGGAAAUAACAUCUUGCAGAAAGGUGUAAAAAAGUUGUAAAGUGGAAAGGAAGCACACAAGAGACAGAGAAAGACAGGAAGAUUUUUGUUUUGGAAAGAAGUGUGGCUGUGUGCAUAUUUCUCUUCAGUUUUUAGAAGACUUGGGAAACCGAAAGCACCAUGGAUUUUGUUAUGAAGCAAGCUUUAGGUGGGGCCACCAAAGACAUGGGGAAGAUGCUGGGGGGAGAGGAGGAGAAAGACCCGGAUGCACAGAAGAAGGAGGAGGAGAGACAGGAGGCCCUGAGGCAGCAGGAAGAGGAGAGGAAAGCCAAGCAUGCCCGAAUGGAGGCGGAGAGGGAGAAAGUACGGCAGACCAUCCGUGACAAGUACGGACUGAAAAAGAAAGAAGAGAAAGAGGCAGAGGAAAAGGCCGCCAUGGAGCAGGCCUGCGAGGGGUCCCUGACACGCCCUAAAAAAGCCAUCCCGGCUGGGUGCGGGGAUGACGAUGAGGAGGACGAGGAGAGCAUUUUGGACACCGUUCUCAAAUUCCUACCUGGUCCUCUGCAGGACAUGUUCAAGAAGUGAUGGACCUGCGGUGCAGGCAAGGAGUCAGAGAAUUUUUUGCAGGUAUAGCAGAAAGGCUACAGUUCAAGAUUACAGUUCCACUCAAUUCAGCAGUGAGGAGUUUUAGUUGCAUUGGAGAGAACUGCCAAAUGAUUCCAAAGGCUUGCUGGCAGAACACAGUGCUGUUUCAUUUGGAAAUACAAAGAGCCACCUGUCCUCUGUAAGAGUUUUGUUUUGAGGUUGAUGGACUUACUGAUCUGCUGUCCCUACGGGUGCUUGAUGAUGCUUAGUUUCCCGUAGAUUUUGUGCCUCUUUUAGCUCCUCCACGUUGAGGCUAUCGUCUGUGGUGAAAUGGCAAUUAAAGGACACACUGUCCCUCCAGUUCCAUUCUAACGAACCUCAGUGUUUUGAAAAUUGUUUGUUUGCCGGCUGUGUUGUUUUGCCUUCAGCUUGAUGUGUUAUAUUUAUGAUUGCUCUUUUUAAAAUUAUUUCUGUUGCUUUUCGAAAACCAAACUGUUUAGGUAUCAUCGAUCGGCUUUCAAAUUCUCCUUUUUUUACCUGACUAGGACAGGCAAUUAUAUAUAGGCUUAGUAGUAAAAUAUAUUAAAAAAGAAAAAAAUCUAAUAACAUGACUGAAAACAGUUAAUUGUUUAUUACAAACCAGGUUAACGAACAAAAUUAUUGAGAGGGAACGUUUUUAAAGGAAUGAUUUGUUUCUAGCAGUACAUGUUAAACAACAACAUGUUAAAUGACAGUUUUCACCUUUGAAUUAAAGUGUACUGCCAGAAAUGAAUAUCGCAUAUAUGUUAAGACGGAUGGCUUUUCAAUUGAAAUUUAAUAAUUUUGCUAUCUGUCACUGGUGUCGAUACAAUGUAAUUUCCUGUAUACUGUAUAAACGAUCUUCUCCUACAAGUGGUUAGCACAGUCCAAAAGACAAUCAAACCCAACCACUGCUCAAACGUGGAAGUAGCCGGUAUAUGAUGUCAUUUCCCAUUGCCAUGUUACGUACAUAGGCAUACCAUAAUAAAUAUGUUGCAGUUUUUAUCAGUCAACAAUGCAGAGAGGUCUGGAUUAAGAUGUUUAGAUUCCUGCAUAAACAGUAGCACACUGCCUAUAAAAUGAUUGCUGAGAUUACAAUUUGAGUGCUCUUGUCCCAAGAAACUUAAUGCAUUUUAAUAUUAAUGUUUUAUUUUAAGUAGUUACGUAAUUACACAUUUAUAUGUGCCUGUUUUAGCUCAUGCAAAAUGAGAAAGUAAUACGCCAUGAAAUCUGAUGACUGCCAAACUGUAGAUAGGCUUUAUGUACAGUAAUGACUGUUUACAAUGUUUCCUCUUCAUUCAUCUUAUUUUACACAUGGACCUCUCCAAUCCAGUUAAAUAAAAAGAAAUCAAAAUUAAGUGAGGUGACUCACUUAAUUUUGUGAAGUUUUAAUAGGAAUCAAUUUAUUGAAAAUAAGUUACAGUCUGGUUAGAUGAAUGCAGACUGCCACAAGACUAGAUCUUUCAUAAGUUUACCACUGGAACAUCCCAUUCCAAACCUUUUAAGUGAAUAGUUGCCUGCUGCCAUAUACCUUUAAAGAGGGGGAAUCCACUUUUUUAAUUAAUCUGUCUAAUUUUUUCACCACUGUUUCUGUCCCAUCAUAUAAAUAUGAAAUACAUUGCUAUAUGCAUUUUGCAUAUUCAUUCAAUAUUCACAUUCCACUGAAUCCUCCACCUCUGGGUAGAUUUUUUUUUUUUUUAAACUUCAGUGUAAUUCAGUGUAAUUAAAUUGUUAUUUUGAUUUAGAUAUUAACUCAAUUAACUUGAUUUAGAUAUUAACUCAACUCAUUCCAACCAAUGAGUUUGCAUAUGGUGCAAUAAAAUUAUGCAUCCAUUAUAUAUUUUCACAAAUAUCUCUUAGUAAAUUCAUGUUCAUAGUUAAGAGGCAGUCAAUAUGACUUAAUAUUUUCUGUUGAUUAAAUUAUUGACCCAGAACUUCUUGUAUUAAAGUUGUUCAUCAGUUCAGAAACUUGACUUUUAAAUGUGAUAAAUUAAAAUAUUUUAAAAAUAUUUUCAAUAGUGGAAUGACAGACAGUGAUGUUGUGGAGGCCUUUAUAUUUGCAUUUAUUAACACCAAGACCAAAGAAGAGGGUAAAAAAUAACCUUGAAUUCCUGUGUUGCUCACAUCACUGCAAACAAGGUAAAUAAUUUGGGCUUCAUUUUGUUCAGUUAUGCAGAAACAGACUUACACAUGUGUUUAGGUAACAAAUAUAUAUCUCAGGUUCCAGAUAGCAUUGAAAGCAUGAAACCUAUCAUUAAAAAAGGACUUGGGACUAAUGGAACAUAUCUCACUUUGCUAUACUAGCAUUUCACUUCUCAGUACAUGUACUUCAGUGCUUUAAACAUUCCAAGACUAAACUCUUCGUCAUUAAAAUCUUGAAUGCAAAACAUGCAAACCACUACACGGAUAAAACCAGUUACAGACAGGAAGGAGUUUAUAUCUAGAAACUUCUUUUUGUAUAGUUUUGGGGCUUAGGCUGCCUGUUGCCCAGUGAAACUUUACUGAGGAUAUAAGUGACGGUUAUUUUUGACGGAACAGCAAAACGAACCUAAACAUGGACUAUUGGCAGUACAUAGGACAAUAAUGGUCCAAUAUCUGCCCUAAAACAUUUUUUUGCCCAUCCACAUAUAUAUACAAUGAAAGACAUCAUUAAAAUCACUAUACCUUACACUGUACAAUUAAGUAGUUGUGAGAGACGAAACAGUUUACAUUUAGUGCUAUUAGUAUUGAUGCAUGUAGAAAAAGCUGGAAAACAUGCAGGGUCCAAGACAUUUCCCUGAUUGACUGUAUGCCUUGAAAACUGUAGUUAUCAUGUGAGAAAUGUAUUAUAGUACCUGACAGAUAUGAUUUUUAUUUCAGAAAUAAUGUAAACAAAGAUAUAGAAUUUGUAAAAACAAAAAAAGAUUUCUGUUUAAAUUUAGAUCCUAAACUAAUAAAGCAUGAUGGUAGGGGAAACUAUGUAGGUGAAGCUGUUGUAGUUGUCUAUUCAGCACCUAGCUAAAGCCAGUAUUUAAAUUAAAUUUGUUUUAUCACCACAACAUAAAAUUAAAUCAAAACAUAUUAACAUGGAGUUCUUCUGCAACAGUAGAAGCCAAUUAUUUAAAAUUCUUUAAACUUAUUUUGAAAUUAUCUCCAAGGGCAACCAGCUGUGACAUGAGCAGUGUGUCUGAGAUAUGUUGUGAAAAAAAUUGUCUGAAAGUUUCCAUCAAUGGGUGAAUUUGGUAUUUGAAAUCUGUUUUUUUUUAUUUCUUUUUUUAUUUUGCUAUGUGGAACCUUUCACUAGUUAAAGCCAUAUUGUUUAGACUGCAAUAAUUUAUUGAAACAGUAAAAAAAAAAAAAAAGUAUAAAUCAGAAUGGGAGAUCUUUUUAGUCUCAUUUGUUUUCUGUAAAGAAAAGCUCUGCCUGUUGACACUAUCUACCUAUCAAUCAUCUGACUUUCUUUCAUUAUAUAUUACAUGUAUGUAUGUAUGUAUGUAUGUAUGUAUGUGUGUAUAUAUACUAUAUAUACACUAUAAAUAGUUCAUCUGAAAAAUGUCUUUUUAAAAAAGAAAAAGCCACAGUGAUGAUGUCUCUAUAUGUCUUGUACUUUAUGUAUGUGUAUAUGUACGUGUGCGUCGGUGUGUCCGUACGUGAUGUAAACUCCAUGUUGCUGGUUCAUGAUGUCCAUGUUAGUAGAUGUCUCUUAACCUAUCCAAUGUGCUCAAAUCUAAACCCAGCUCUCCUUAAAAGUGUGACCGAGAGCACAUACUCAGAUCACACCACAUGUUUUUCAGUGCUUCAAUGUGCCAAUCACACAGCUAUGGUGUAUAAAAUAAUAUCUAAAUCAUGCGUAAAUACAGACCCAUAUUUGUAUUUUUACAACAUUAUGUCAACAACAGAAACUGUUUACUGAAUCCACUAGGAAGAAUUGUUUCAAGCAAAGUUUAGGUUUGAAUGAGGCCUUGGAAAAUUGCGAAAUGGGAAAUCAGUAUACAGAAACAGUCAGCCUCACAAUGGCACUGAUGAGACUUUUUGGUGAUUUCUGAACUAAAAUGCUUCAGCAACCACAUGUGAACAUGUUUCCCAGUUCUCGCAGUUGACUGCCUUUAAAAAUGAGUCACUUUGCUUCGAUACCAAUAAAGGUUAUGCAAAGGCCAUUGUGCCAACAGGUAUUACAAUUAUCUGCAAAUUAGACAUCAAGGACACAGAUUGAUUGGAGCUAUCUACAUUUAACUUAUUGAAUAUUAAAAUGGCUAUUUAUGUUGUGGAAUAGAGCAAUAUCUAAAUCUUUAAAAUAAGUACCUGUUUGUUUCUCAGUAUGGAAAACAGUUUGCCCCAUGAAGCAGGAGAGUUAGAUGCAGUGGUGAAUGGCUUUGCUUGUGUAUCCUAGGGAGACCCCAUCUAUACAUUGAAAGCAAGAUCUGUUUUCCUUUUCUCCAUUUCUCCAUCUGAAAAGGUGACAAUAUUUUACAAACAUAUAUUGGCUUUUUUGUCAUAAUUACAGUCAUGUUGUGAAUUAUCAUUAAAUGCUGCUAAAAUGGCCUACAGCAAUCACAAAGUGGUUGCCUUUCAGUAAAUUUAAUAGUGUAUUGUCUAUUAGACAUGACAUACUCAACCCAAAUUGUGCAUCAUCCGAUAUAAAUUGCAAAUCUGUUUUUUAUUAUAUUUAAAUAUAAAUAUCAUACUGUUCUUCGUGAGAUUGUGACAGAGUCAUUGUUUCGUAGUGCUGUCAAUGUGUCUGUCUCACAGCUGGGGGGAAAGGGCUGAAUGAGUUGUGCAAAAAACCAGGCUGCUGUCAAGCUUGGAGUUUUUCCCACUCACAUUGUACUGCGUGCAGUACCACUCUACACGUGCACAAUGUACAUCACCUGAAGGGUAUUGUAGUUUACAUUUAACAAAUGUACUAAACUACGCAUCCCAUAAUCCCAUACUUGUUGUUGUUAUCGGUGCCAGGUGAGACAUUUCUUAAACUCAUGCACAAAUGGGUGCAAUGAGUCACGGGGCAGUGAAUGGGCAUUUAAGCCGAGCUGAUUCGCUCUAUUUCACUCCCAUCGCAAAACUAUUUCAAGGGACACAGCCCAGUACUUUCCUGAUUUCCUUCCAAUAAAGGGCUCAUUACACGGGGUGAGAAAGGUGUGAGUGCAGCCGUCUGCUCUGGGAGAUAGGCCCUAUGUUCCUUCACGGGAGUGCUGAGAGGGGAAAUUGCUAUUGCAAAGUUCGGCUGAGGAGAAGGACGGAUAGCAGAUUAAUCCAGGAAUGCCCACUUUCAUCCAGAGCAGCAGCUGUCUGAUGUGCUUGUGCUGACUAAUCUGGGCCCAGCUCAGUCUGCAGGAGAUGGAAAGGGCACGCGCUUACAUCACUGGUGAAAUGACAAUCUGCGUGAUUUUCAUUUAGAUUAUUUUCCUCAUUUUUUUAUUACAAUUCUUUUUCUUUUUUGAAGGAAGGGAGGGACUGAUGGUAGAUGAUAAGUUUUACUUCUGUAUCUGCAGAUCUUUCAUUUUAGAUAUUCGGUACAAAAUGACAUUUUUUAUUUUGUUCUUUACCACUAGAAUGAUUUCAGUGGGAGGGACAAAGUCAGUGUUUUGAAUUGAAAAUCAAGCUGCAAAGGCAAGAAACAGAAUCUGAUUGGCUCAUUUCCUCAAUUUAUUAGAAAACAUUGCAAAAAAUGAAAUAUUAAAUUGAAAAUUAAAUAUUUCAGUGAUAGAGCUAUAGCUGCCUAUCACUCUAGUAGGUGGUGUAGGUCGUGGAGGAGCAGGGCAGGGUGGGGCAAGAUGAGCAAGGUGUGGAGGAGCAAGGCAGAGCAGGGUGGGGCAAGAUGAAUAGAGUGUAGAUAAGUAGGGUCGGGCAGGGAGGGGGCGUAUCCAUCUGAACUAAGGGUUGGCCCCAGUUGACUGUCAUUGUAUUUAAACAAUGUCAUUGCAGUCUCUCACAAUGCUGCAGAAGUACUUUUGGGGCAUGUAUGCAUCUUGCACACGUCAAACUGAUGGAUGGGUCUCAGUGGUCAGUUGCCCAACUCUAAACCAGAACAGGAAUAAGGCGUCUUCUAAUAGGAUAAACAGCCAUAUCCCAUUAGUGUCUUUCAGUGUUUCUUUCUGCCAUUUCAGCUGAGAAUAACAUUGAGUAAACUGCAUUUGUAAAGGGCUAUUUUCAUUGCAUUCUCGCCCAAGUUCAUCACAUCUUCCAUCACACUCACAUAUCACUCGAGCCAUUGCACAGCGUUUUUCAUUGUGUGUGUGGAGAUCAGCAGGUGGGGAAGGAGGGAUUUGGAGGGGUGGUUAAUAAAAGAGGGGAGCUGACAUUCUUACCCCUCCACCAGCAAUAGCGGGAAAGGUUCAAGGUUGAAGCAGGUCAUCAGAUUAAAUCCCUCAAGAGAUGCACUGCAGGCGGUUGGUGUUUGUCUGGAAUAGAGCUGGAGGCUGUAAUAAUCAAGUUAGCAGGAAAUGGGAGUGGAGAGGGCACGGAGCGGGGCAGGCCUGCUUUUGAAUGCUCUGGUGCCUCACAGGACUUAUAAAUGGGUGUAGUCUGUUCAGUCUGUAAUAAUGUUGUGUUGUGUGAGCCAUACUAGUGGGGUAAAUCGAGCAGCACAAGGCAGAUGGGAACAUGACUGCACAUGUUUUCCUCCAGAUUUAUGUAUGUAUUGCUCUAUAUUGAACUAGGGCAGUAAGGUUAGUGGACUUAAAAGGAACACAUGCGUCUCUCAGGAUGUUUCCACUUGAUGGUUAUGUGUGAAUUGAAGAUUUAUUAUGGAUUGCCACACACUUUAAAAAAAAGUGAAGUUGCUUCUUUCAGAAUAGAAAUAAUGACAAAACAAAUUAUGAUAAUCAUUUAGGAAGCUUGCAGUAACUAGAGACAAUUUAUUCAAAAGGAAUUAUCAUGGUUCAGUAGGGCAGAUUUAGAAAUUUAGACAUGGGAUUCUGUCAACCCUUUCUGUUGUCAGGAAAUAAAAUCAGAAAUCAAAACAGCACUGUUGACAUGUGUGUCUUGUCUGAGGAUGAUGAUUGGUUACUUCGUUUAAUUCAAAUUUGAAAAAAUCCCUAGCAGUUUUUUGUUUUAAACUGCAUAACACACAAUGUUGUACCCAUUGGGAAAAUACAUCACCUGAACCUAUAUGUGUCUGCUUGUAUACACUCAAAGUACCUUUUAAAAUAACUUUAAAAUGUAUAUUUUAAACUAAGAAAUGUACAAAAAUAGGCACAUACAAGCAAAAUUGUGUGAAUAGAAAGAGACCUGUACAUAUGUUUUAUGCUUUUGUGUUAAAUGUUUUAUUUUCAUUCUAUGGAAUGGGGGAGAUAAAGGGGAAGUUUUAAUGAAGGGUGGGGUUUGGGGGGGGGGUGGAUCAUAUUUCAGAUUAAAUAUGAGUAAUAGCAUUUUCAAUAUUGUAACCCUCUCAACUUUAUCACUUGUCUGACUGUGAACACUGUUGAGUUAAAUGUAUAAUAAUGCAUUUAGCUUAGAUGAUACAUAUUUCAGAAGAUUUGUGUAUGUUAUGUACAGUCAUUUUCAUGUGUUACUUGUGGACCAAUAUUUAGGUGGAUUCUUCUGAAAAUGAAAGAGUCCUUCUGUAGAUGCAAUGUAUAGGUUGCGUAAAUCAGGGCAUAAAAGCAUUGCAAAGAGGGGUGUGCAUGAUUUCUUAUUAUAUCUCUGUCUGAUUCAGGUCUGCACAAAAUAAACAAAUCUCCAUUCAUUUGUAUUUGUGCAUUGUAAAUAUUAGUCCCUGGAUAUCCUCCUUGUGUUUUUGUGAAGAUACAAAAGAUCCUAUAAAUAUAUACAAAAAUAGAUAUAUACAUAGGUCCACAUAUUUCAGUUUUCUAACAGAUUUUUAAUUUGUAUCCAAACCGGAAGCUUUUAUGGAAUGACAGAAAUUUCAAAAAAAAAAAUUUCUCUUUACACAUUUAUAAUUUAGUAAUUAAUAAAAUCACCCUUUCUUGAGUAUAGCAGAAAACUAGCCAACUAUGACCUGCCAAAUAGACCUUGAUGUGUGUUCACAGAUUCCAUCUUUCAUAGAAAUUGGUCAGUGAUGUUAAAUGCAUCUCUGCUUCAUUCUUUGUACAGGUGACAAUUGCACAAAAACUCCUGACAAAAACACUUCCCUAACACACUCUGGUUAGACAGCGACCACAAAACUUUAAUACAUUCCAAUAUCCACAAUUUGCACUAGAAUAUAUCAUUGAACUUACUUUGACCAGAAACAAGAAGAAAAGGCCUGUGAUCCAUCAUGUUGGCACUGUUGCUGUAUGUCAAAAUGUUCUAUUUUGUGUGUCUAUGUCUUUGUUGUUUAUUAAAUAAGUAUAUGAUAAAGUUGAAGGGUUUAAUUUAAAAAUAAAUGAAUAAAUAAACAACAUGCCAUCCUAAAACAAUUGUUUUAUUUUUAUUUCAGGGUGUGGGAGCUGAGAAUGUAAUUAAACGUGUGAAUUCUAAAAAGAUAUUUGCUUUACUGCAUGUCAUAUAAUGUAUGUAUAACCAAAUCACUGUAGAAUUGUCACAUCUAUGGAGCUAAAGCAUAAUUUUUGGAGAUUUGAUGCAUAAUGAACUUAAUAAAGUGAUUUCAUAAAAGAGA